AUGUUACGUUCACAAAGUAUAUCAAAUAUAAAUGAAAAGAAAUCUUCAAAUUUUUUUAAUCCAUUCAAAAAAUCAUCAUAUAAUAAUUUAAAUAAUCUGUCAAAUAAUUCAUCACCUUCCACAAUUGAAAAAAGAAAAUCAAGACCUUUAAGUACAAGUAUAUCUGCAAUAAAUUUAAAAAUCUCAUCACCAAUACUUCAAUCUUCAAAUAUAUCUGUUUCAAGUAAUUCUAAUAUUAUUAGUAACGAUGAAGAUAAAGAAAAUAUAAGAUUGAAAACAAGAUCAAGUACUCCCAAUUUAUCAACUAAUAAUUUUCCAAGAACUUCUACAAAAAAUAUAUCAACAACAACAACUGCAGCAAAUAGAUUGAAAAGACUUUCUUAUAUAGGUUCACCAGUAAAAGAAGAUAAUAUAAGUCCAAUAACAAUAAAUUCUCAAAUAGAUUCAAUUUUCGAUCAAUCAUCAAUAACUUAUAUUGAUAGUGAUAUAGAAGAAGAUAUUUCAUCAACUAUUUCUUCAACUGAAAAAGAUUCAAAUUAUACUUAUUCCAAAAUUUUACCAAAUUCAAAAUCAUCAAAUAAUAUUUCAAAUAAUAAUGAUCAAACUAAAAAAUUGCAUAGAACAACAAACUUAUAUAAUUUAAACGAUUUCAUUAAAAAAAUAAAACAUGAUAAUUCAACAAAUAAUCGAAAAUCAAUGGAACUAGAAAAUAAAGAAAUCUCAAUAUUAAAUGAAAAUUUAAAUGAAUCAAGUGAAAUUUAUAAUUCAAAAAUAUCAAUAAUUGAAAAUUUUAUAUUUUUAUCAACUACUAUUAAAAAAACAACAUCAGAUCAAAAUUUAAUAGAUUUAAAUCAAGAUAUAAAUUGGACUAAUGUUUUUAAAUUAGAAGAAUAUAAUAAUGAACUGGAUUUUUUUGAAAAUGAUGGUGAUCAAUUGUAUUUGAUGUAUUAA